UUAAAAAAAAAAAAAUCAUAAGGUUUCUGACGAUGAUUCUUAUGUUUGUGUUCACGUUUUGAAGCGAGUGUACUUUGUUGAACGUCUCUGGCCGCACACAGGUGGUACCAGUGAGUGGACUAGUUCUUUUUGCAUGGACCGGUUCCCCAGGUGGGUGGAUAUUUAGUUUAGGGCCCAAUGAAAUCUACAAUGUGCACACCCCGCCCAUUGAUACAAGGCUCCAAUCUACUAGCCUACUGUGGAGGCUCAGACUGUCGUAAUGUCGGAGCCCAAGGCACUCACCCCGACUCCGGCUGGAGACACAUACAAAGGAUGGCUAUUCAAAUGGACAAAUUACAUCAAGGGCUACCAGCGACGAUGGUUUGUCUUGAGCAACGGUUUACUAUCCUACUACAGGACCCAGGCAGAGAUGGGCCACACGUGCCGGGGCACCAUCAACCUGGCCACGGCCAACAUCGCGGUGGAGGACUCGUGCAACUUUGUCAUCUCUAACGGCGGGGCGCAAACCUACCACCUGAAGGCCAGCUCUGAGGUGGAGCGGCAGCGCUGGAUCACCGCCCUGGAGCUGGCCAAGGCCAAGGCUGUCCGCAAUCAGGCCGAGUCUGACGACUCUGGUGAUGAGUGUCCCACGUCACCCCCUACCUCGGGACAGGGCGGAGGGGCUCGUAACUCUAACUCAGAGGUACAGUCCACACUACGCACUCUGGGCAGCAAGGUGGAAGACCUGAGCACCUGCAACGACCUCAUCGCCAAGCACGGCUCUGCCCUCCAAAGGUCCCUGUCAGAGCUGGAGGGGGUGCGGCUGGGAGGCGACACGGAUGGCAAGAUCCGGCAGGUGACGGAGAGAGCAACGUUGUUCCGCAUCACCUCCAACGCCAUGAUCAACGCGUGCAGAGACUUCCUGUCCCUGGCCCAGGCCCACAGUAAGCGGUGGCAGAAAGCCUUGCAUUCGGAGCGGGACCAGAGGAUAAGGCUGGAGGAAACAUUGGAGCAGCUAGCCAAGCAGCACAACCACCUGGAGAGGGCCUUUAGAGGGGCCACCGUACUGCCCCUCUCCCAGAGCAACCCCGCCUUGGACAGCAAGAGUUCGGGCUCAGUAAAGGGUGACGCGAGCGACGAGGAUGAUGAGAACGAGUUCUUUGACGCUAUGGAGGACCCGGCGGGGUUCAUUACUGUACCGGCCGACCCCAAGUAUCAUAGAAGGUCAGGAAGUAACGUCAGUUGUCUCAGCACUGAGACUGGGAUUGAUGACCAAUCACUUUGUGACGAGCAGUCGUUGGGGUCCAAUCCGGAGUCGCCGCAGUCCCUGGAGGUUGAGCCAGUGAGGAAGAGGCGGACCAAAAUCCCAGACAAGCCCAACUAUUCUCUGAACCUCUGGAGCAUCAUGAAGAACUGCAUCGGCAAGGAGCUCUCCAAGAUCCCCAUGCCUGUGAACUUCAACGAACCAAUUUCCAUGCUCCAGCGUCUAUCCGAGGACUUGGAGUACUAUGAGCUCCUAGACAAGGCAGCUAAAUGCCAGAGCUCUCUGGAGCAGCUGUGCUACGUGGCUGCCUUCACUGUAUCAUCCUACUCCACUACGGUCCACCGCACAGGGAAACCCUUCAACCCCCUACUGGGGGAGACCUACGAACUGGACCGGCUGAGGGAGAGCGGCUACCGCUCACUGUGUGAACAGGUGAGUCACCACCCUCCUGCAGCGGCUCAUCAUGCCAUCUCAGAGAGAGGCUGGACCCUCCGACAGGAGAUCUCCCUCGCCAGCAAGUUCAGGGGAAAAUACCUCUCCAUCAUGCCUCUGGGCUCUAUCCAAUGUAUGUUUGAGAAGAGCAACAAUCACUACUCGUGGAAGAAAGUUACUACAACAGUACACAACAUCAUUGUGGGCAAAUUGUGGAUCGACCAGUCGGGCGAGAUAGACGUGGUGAACCACCGGACCGGCGACCGCUGCCAUCUCAAGUUUGCCCCGUACAGCUACUUCUCCAGAGACGUGGCCAGGAAGGUGACUGGUGUGGUGGCAGACAAGGAGGGUAAGGCCCACUAUGUGCUGUCAGGGACGUGGGAUGAGAAGAUGGAGUUCUCCAGGGUGAUGCAGAGUAAUAAGGGCGAGAACGGCACCGAGGGCAAACAGAAGACCGUCUACCAGACGCUCAAAGCCAAGGAGCUCUGGAAGAAGAACCCACUACCUGAGGGUGCGGAGACCAUGUACUACUUCUCGUCGCUGGCGCUGACGCUCAACGAGCCCGAGGAGGGUGUGGCGCCCACCGACAGCCGGCGACGGCCCGACCAGCAGCUGAUGGAGGCGGGCCGGUGGGACGAGGCCAACGCCGAGAAGCAACGGCUGGAGGAGAAGCAGAGGAGCGUCCGCCGCGAGAGGGAGCGAGAGGCCCAGCAGGCAGCCAACCUGCCUGAGGAGGGGGCAGAGGGGGUGGAAGUAGCGGAGGACGCUGUCAUUGAGGACUCUUUCAUCACUGACUCGCCUUUGAAAAGCAAGUACUCCUCUCUUCCCCCUAUUGUCUCACUACCUUUACUAUCACACACACACACAAUCCGUUCCACUUUUCACACGGUAGGUGUAUGUAAUAACUCUGACGAGCCAUCAUAUCCCACUUUCUUUAUUCAUCUAUCCAUCCUUGGUUUGUGCUGUGUUCAGCCGAUGCAGUGGAGAUUGGUACAGAAGCGAGCCAGGCUUCGGACGAAAGCAAGUACCACAAACUCCCGCCCUUCCUCCGUCCAUCUGUGUCCUUAUAGCACACUCCCUCGUUUUCUCCACCCUUUCGCUCUCUUAUUCCCUCUCCUGACACUUGAUCCUGCUAUCACUGUCCGUUUAGUGUGUGUAUACAAAGGUAGUUGGCUAGCUUUUUUUGUGUCGCAAAUAUGCUUGUCAAUCAAUACUGUGUUCAUUAGUGCACACUGUAACAAAAUGUUUUGCAACAACUCUUAUUUGACAAGUUCAGGUAGUCCCUUCUUGUUUUGGAAUGUUUGUCUACCUAAGAUGUCUAGUGAAUAUGACCCAGAUUUCCAGGCUAUGCCUAGAAAUGACUUAUCAUUGGUGCUGUGAAAUUCACCUUUGAAUUCUAAUACUCGAGGAAUGUUUAAAUUGAUAUGCAGCAAUGUCCUGUGGUAGCAAACAGCUCAGUAGCGUAGUUAAAAUAGGCUAGCUUUAAUUUUUCACAUCACACCAGUAAGUAUCAUAGUAUAUGAAAUACAUGUAUUUGGUUAGGUUGCAGGUUCGCCCCCCCCUUCCCCUCUUCUUUUCAUAAUUUCAUUCCUUUGUCAAUUUUUCAUGUUCCUCUCUCCCCCUUCAGCGGACCCCGAUGAUUCUCCACCUCACACUCCAAGCAAGUAGCCCUCUACUCUUUUCCUCUCUAUAUCACUGUUUUUCUAUCCACACACUCACAUACUCAUCUGUCAGUCUUCCCUUUUGCAGCCUCACGUGGUCCGCCCCUCUCAGAGUAUCAAAGCAAGUAUUCAUUGUUCGGGACACACACAACCAUGAUUUAAUUCUCGUACCUUUUUAGAUACAAUUUCCACAUCAGCCAUCAUUCCACCAUCCCUCAUAUUUCCAUUUCCCCCCCCCCCCCCCCCAGUCGAUGACAUGGAAGGUCAUUAUGGAGCUGCUGUCAAAAGCAAGUAGCACCAGUGCUGUUCUUUCUCUCUCCUUCUGUCUCUUUCUCUGUUGUUGUUUGUCUGUAGUAUGUCUCCUUCCUCUUAGAAGCUCUAGUAGUUGCAGUAUAACUUGGUUGAGAAAUACUAGUUCCCAAAGUCUUGCGGUGGUCGUAUGUCAAAUCUUGUAGCACUAGAAAUGAUAACUCUGGUAACUAUUGUAGCUAGACACCACCAUACUGCUGCAAUGUUGUCCUUGUCAUCCUAUUGUUCUAAUGUUCUGCUUCUCCAGGAUCAUACCAAAGAGGGAUGAGCCAAUCCAAUCAUAAUCAUUGCCCAAGCAGUGACCGAAAAACUCCUGACCUCAUCCUUCUUUUAUAUGGUCUUGAUGCAGAAGUCCCUGUCCCAAAGCUUCCAUGGCAGGUCCUCAACAUCUAUGGUUAUUUCAAUGGAUUAAAUGGCUUUCUUUUUCUCUUAUUCCCGUCAGGUGUCCACCAGGACAACUAUGAGGCGAUGUGGUUCGAGCGGACUGAGGACGCCGUCACGGGAGAGUCCAUGCACGUCUACAAGGGGGGCUACUGGGAAGCGAAGGACCACGGCAGCUGGGACGUGUGCCCCGAUAUAUAUUGACCCCCCCCCCCCAUCAGCGAAUAGUACUAACCCAGGCAUUUGGAAUAUGGAAGGCCACAAGCUGCCCUUUUUCCCCAAUUGAAGAAGGGGCAACCUGGGUAUCGACCCUGUUUAACCCCAACCCUCCCUCUUUCAGGAUAGAUUUUGGGUUGUAAUGCCCCCAACCUCUCCCCUAUCACUCUCUGUGGGGAUGGUGUGCACAGGGGCAGUGUGACCCUGCAGGACAGUGCAAACGGACAGGGGGACAGACCUGUUUUCUUCUGCCUUCAUCUUCUGUGUAGGGUCCGUUUCUCCUAGAUGCUGAUCUGGGGUCCGUUUUGCAUUUCCCACCAUUGGGGGAGCCGAAGCUGAUCCUAGAUCUGUAGCUAGGGAAAACGUCACCCCCGAUGCUUCAGCUUCACUCCAAUGAUUAGAUAUCUCCCUGUAGAGCCACUGGCUAGGCCUUUGUCUUUCUCUGUCUCUUCCUUUGCCGCUCUCUUUCUCUCACACUUCAUCUCUUGCUAUGUUAGUCUGGAAAAGACUGGGGGCAGAUUCUAGCGAUUUAACACUAACUCUACCUUGUUCCUCUUCCUAAGGAUAUGGACAGUUUUGUAUGAGUAUGUGAAGAGAGGAGGGGGGGUUAUAAUAGCAAUGGGUUGGUGCUUAUGUCUGUUUUGAGGCUGCCAGAUUUUCAAAGUUUCACAAAUGCUGUAAAGAGGUGUGUGUGUGUCCUCCAGAACUUGGUGACAUCACAUUAGCUCCUCUGCUGCUUGGCACAAGGAUAAUUUGGGCUUGGAGCCUGUUUUCCAUCUCAAAGCAGCGUAAUGGUCUAAAUGAAGGAUGUAUCGCCAUAAUACUAUUUAAACAGUUCCUACUACGCCCUACAUCCCAAAGAUAACUUCCACCUCUUCCAACAGCAAAGCAAUCUAGCGUAGCUGUAGUUUUUUAAAAAUAGGAUUAGUGUGUGGAGCAGACUUGAUCGUAACAUAUUGGAAUAGUGGCCUAGUACUUUACUGGGAUGUGUGUCCAAAAUAGCACCCUAUUCCCUAUAUAGUGCACUUCUUUUGACACCUUAUAGGCCGUGUUCAAAAGUUGUGCACUAUAAAUUAAUAGGGAUUCAGGGUGUGUGAGGCCACUCUUCGUCUACAUAAAUUAAAGUGUGUGUGCAGUGCUAGUACACAAUGUGAGCUUGAGUGCAAGGUUUGAGUUCCAAAAAUAAAUCUUAUUUUCAAGUGUACUUAAUGUUUGAGUGUGAGGAAAAACUAAAACAGAUUGCUAAUAUUUGUAUAUAUAUAUCAAAUGAAGUAAUAAUGAGUGUGUUUAAGGUCAGAGAGAACAUGAGUUUCUCCUAAAACUGGAUUGUCAAUUUGUUUGAUCACUUCUGUGUUGUCCUAACCCCUGGCCCUGUACAACAUGACUGAACAGUUGUGACCCAAGUUUGUUUGCACAUACACUGCUGUGAAGACCAAUGGUUGUGAAAAAAUAAAGUGCAAAUACAAAAAUAGCUUCACAAAAA